AUGUCAAGACCCGUCCCACGUCCAUCUACUGGUCGUAUGCUCUCCAUGGAUUCUACAAUAACGCGUCUAUUAACAGCAACUCCACGUCCUAGUAUAUCUCGGCCUUGGACUGGGCAAUCUCGCCCAGGGACCGCUCGUCCUCAGACGGGAACAUCCAUCAGGCAGGAGGCUAGUUUUGUCAUCGCUAUUCUGGAAAGUCGGGGUGUAGCACACGAAGUUGGUAUGGCAGCUCUCGACAAAGAAACAGGCCGGGUUAUUCUUGUCCAGCUGGCAGAUUGUUCAACCUACGUGAAGACUUUACAUCAGAUGCAUAUCCAUCCGCCCUCUCUCAUUCUUGUCCCAGACACUUUCAUGUCAGCAGCGGACGUAUCUCUCGCGUCCACGGGGAAAAACUCCUCGACAACUUCUCAUUUAGUACAGUACAUCGCUGAAGAAUUUCCUGACAUUGCAGUUGAGCCUGUGGCGAGGAAGUACUGGAACGAUGGUCUCGAUUUCAUAAACCAACUCUGCAUAGAAGACGAUGAGAAAGCAGCUACUCUCGUUGCAGCAUCCGACAAAUAUUAUGUUCUCUCGGCGGCCUGCGCUCUCUUCAAACAUGCGGAAAGUCGUUUCAACACGCGCUAUGCUCCUUGCUCUCUUCGCAUAAGGUAUGUACCCGUCGAGGGCACGAUGAUGAUAGAUCCAGAGACCGCCCGAAGUCUCGAGCUGGUUCAUAAUAGGACUUCAAAGAAGUCGUCUCGUUCGUUGUUUGGCAUUCUUAAUCAUACAUAUACCGCUAUGGCAUCUCGACUUUUGCGAGUCAAUAUUCUCGCACCAAUCACAGUACAAAGUGCUAUUGACGCUCGUUUGGAUGCCAUCGAGGAGCUUGUGCAGUACGAAGACAAGUUCUCUGACACUAGGGAUGCAUUGAAAUCGCUUAACAAAAUGGACUUUGACAAACUGAUUUCAUCGCUUGCAGCAUCUGAGGCUCGGCCUUCUAACUCUCCUAAAUUUGCGUCUUUGCGUGUAUCUCAAAUGCUCAACCUUCGCAGUUUUGUCCGGAAUCUCCCCCUGUUGCAAAAGGCCUUGAGUGGAACUCGGUCUCAGCUUCUUUCAAUUAUUCAUGAUAUGGUUUCUGACGAACGUCUGUCUGUUAUUGACAAGCUCAUCCGUGAUAAUUUGAAUGACGAAGCAAGCCCUGUGAAGGGCGGAUUGACGGCAGUAAACGCACGGGCAAAUCGUAACCAUCUCCUCGAUGUUGCGCGAGAGACUUAUAAAGAGAACGUCGGCGACAUUUAUCAGCUAAACACGUCAUUAUCGGAGGAAUACGGGCUCCCCUUGACACUAGUUUACCAGGAAAGCGGGUUCGUCUUUGCGUUGAAGAAGGACGAGCUGGAAGGUGAGCUACCUCAAGAGUUUAUCAACGUCUCUGAGAGAAAGGGAAGAAAGCUCUUCUCCAUAAUGAGGCUGAAACAGAUGAAUGCGCGAAUGCAAGCCGCUUUAAAUGAAACCCUUAACCUCAGCGACAAGAUAAUCCAAGAACUGGUCACGGAGGUUUUGGGAGAUGCAGGGGCUUUAUAUAAGGCAUCUGAAGCGAUAGCACUCGUAGAUUUGUUAUGGUCUUUUGCACAUGCAUCCAUAGUGCGCAAUUACGUGCGACCUGAGUUCACUGGCACUUUAGCAAUAAAAGCGGGUCGUCAUCCUAUACUUGAAACAACGCAUUCCGCCGGCACCCUAGUUCCGAACGACGUCUAUUGCUGUGAUUCCUCAAGUUUUCAAAUAGUUCAAGGACCCAAUAUGUCAGGCAAAAGCACGUAUUUACGCCAAACUGGACUAUUAACAAUCAUGGCGAUGUGCGGCUGCUUCGUUCCCGCCGAAUACGCUAGUUUCCGACUUCAUGACGCCCUACUUACCCGUUUAUCGAACGAUGAUGAUAUGGAGAAAAGCUUGAGUACAUUCGCCAACGAAAUGACUUCAUCUGCGAUGAUUCUGGGUCAUGGCGUCCUGUAUUUGACUGUGCCUCAUACUAACCAGCGAGUCUUAGGUAUUGCAACGCCAAGGACAUUAGUUCUGAUAGACGAACUUGGCCGCGGUACCUCCCCUAAUGAGGGCAUAGGCGUUUCGCAUGCCAUUGCCGAAGAGCUGAUCAAAAUGAAAUGUUUCGUUUUCUUUGCUACACAUUUCGCUGAGCUCGCCACUACGUUAUCUCGUCAACCUACCGUCGUCAACCUGCAUCUAUCUGUUCAGAAGGCUCGUCAAUCCACUGCAAAUUUCGGUAUGAUAUUUCAAUACAAAAUUGUCGACGGCCUUCCAGAGGACAUGGAUCAUUAUGGGUUAGAACUCGCUCGACUUGCGGAUCUGCCUAGCAAUGUGACAACAGAAGGAAAAAGAGUAGCUGAAGCCCUCGUUGAUCUCGAAGCUAGGCGAAAAGCGGAGAGCCAGUCGAGCAAGGUCGCUGUUCGGCGUCGUGCUCUGCUCAAACUUCGGACGCAACUAACACAAGUACUGGAUCAUUCGGCCCUCCCGGACGGUGAGCUUGUGGCGUAUCUUGCUCGCAUGCAAAGGGAUGCGGUCAAGGUUCUCCAUGAAACACUGUGA